CAUACUAAUACCUUUAAAUACUUUGCAAUAUACAUUGGCUCUGUUUGUUUAUAUAGACACCUAACAGCAGAAAUUUAAAGUUUACUACAAUAUAUCAUGUAACCACUGUUUAAAACAUAGGGGUAAUAAUACGACACCCCAAGCUUCUCCAAAACUCUGGCUAUCUCUUUUUUUUAUUUUUCCAUUCAUCUUCCACAGCCACAUACAUAACUAGCCAUGAUAUGGUAUCUGUGAUAAGAAAUAUCAGGAAACGUUGGUUCCUUGCUGCAUUGUUUUUUACGUCCCUUGUUUACUUUAUUUAUAAAACAUCAAACUCAAGACGAGACUUGACCAGGAAUGAAACAAGUUUUAAACUCGUACAAAACGUUCAACGCAUUGAAGUAUUUCUACGAACGCUCAAGUGGCAACCACGCGUCAACGUACCCAACCAAACAAGCAACAACCCCUCACAACAAUGUCGUAACUCACUACAGGGCAAACAACUGAUUGUGGACGACAACGGUUACGUUUGUAAACGCGAUUAUUUACUCGAUAAUGGGUGUUGUGAUGUCACAAUGCAUGAUACAGGAAGAUACGCUUGUAAAACUUGCCAAACCUCAAACUGUUGCUCAGUAUACGAACAUUGUGUCUCGUGUUGUUUGCAACCAAAACAUAAAAAUUUGUUGGAGAAAGUUGUGAGGGGGUUGAAGACAAAUACCAUGCUGAUUAUGAUGUCAUCAAUCCACGACCAGUUUGACUUAUGUUUAAUGAAAUGUCGAACCUCGUCAACGAGCGUGAGGCACGAGAACACGUACCGAGAUCCUUCCAUGAAAUAUUGCUUUGGUGUUGGAGCCCCCGAGUUAAGGAUGUUCUAAUGCAGUGUUGCGCAAUGGAAGUUGCAGUGAUUCCAUACAAUAAAAAUAUAUAGAAAUCCAAGAAAAACAAACACCAACGAAUAACUCGUAAGCGACCAUGAGGUGUAUGGAACAGAACACUACUGUUACACUGACGUUGCCCUGCUAUAAUGACUGUCCUUGCUGCAGAAAAUGUGGACCAUAUGUUGUUCUAUUCCUUUUAUGAGCCAUUAAACAAUCAUUGUGACAUCAUGAUAGCACAAUCUCAUUGUUUUGCAAUAAAAUAUUUUGUACUAAACUUA